AUGGAUCAAUCGUCAGAAGAGACACAUGUGGAAAAUGCCGGGGGGAAUUGUGUGAUUGUCACAACACUGAUGUCUUCUGCUACCGAUACCUCAAAUCGGCAUCAUAUUCCUAAUUUUUUUCAACCUGAUGUACAGAAGGCCUUUGAUCCUGGCAAUCGCUGGCCUCCGCUUCUUCCAUUGGCUCCACGAUCAAAUCCUUCCGCUCACCCUGAAAACAAUUACGCCGGUGCAUUCACGAAAACUGAUCCUUGUUCUUCUUCCUGCCGCGUGAUUUCUUGCGAAAACGGUCUUUCAGAAAAAAGGCAGAGUGAGAAUCACUGGAGGAGCUCGAGCGCAUCAGUAUCUUUGGACCCGCAGGCUCUGGUGCCCAUGGAUGCAAAUAUGACUUCUUCUUCCUGGGCAGUGAAGCGAACUGCUCAGUUAGGCCCUCUUGUUGUUGUAAAGCGAUCAAAGAAACCAAAUGCUCUAGAGCAUAUUACUCCCCUUAGCGAAGUUGAAAUGAUGUCACUACAAAGAGAGGUCGACAAUUUGCGAAUUCAGCUAAAGAGAUCGAAUGAAAAGCUAGAGGAAGCUCGAUCUGAAGCUGGGCAACAGUUUCUUGAAAGAACCCGAGAGCUUGAAGAGAGUCAUCGCGAGGAAGAACGCCGUCAUCGGCAGCAGUUUCAAGAAGCAUUAUCAGGUCUUCGCGCGGAGAACGAGGAGCUGGCGAGUCGUGUAAGGUGUAUGCAGGACAAUGCAGGCCUUGCUGCUGUUAGGGAACGGGAAAAAUUACAGACUGAGUGGAGCAACCGUCUUUCGGAGAACGAAAACCAAUGGAGGCAACGACUUGCCGUCGCUCAGCAGCAUUGGGAAGAAUGUGUGGAUGACCAGGUGCAGGAGAAGCACGAGGCACUACGACAAGUGCAUGAACUUGCAGGUGUGGUGAAGGAGCUUGAGAUGACCCUUCAACAGGUAACGCGAGAGAAGUGUUGGGUGGAACAGGAACUUGAGACGCUUCUGUCUAAGCAGAAUCAGGGGAAAGACAGGUGUGUGUGUGCUAAAGGCGAAACAAUAGAUGUGGGAACACGGGGCGCUCUCGAGGGAGAGGCAAUGGAGCUGCGUCGUAUGUUGAAGGAACUAGAAGGGCGUGAGGCAGCACUGCUGGUGCAAUUGGAGAUCUGUGGGAAGGAGAGGGUUGUGCAAGAGGAGAAAUUAGAAAAACAGCUGCAGCAGGUGCGUCAAGAGCUAGAAAUUGAGAGACGGCGAGGAUCUGAUGUAGUCAAGCUGUACAGUAGUCAGAUAGAGUCACUGCAUCAACAGCUUAGCGAUGCUUUGAGGCGAAACAAGCAGUUGACGAAGGAACUGGCGAGGUUUCAAUGA